GGGACGUGGCCUAGCCACGCGUACAGUCCAACAGGUCCCCCGCCGAGGCAACAACUGUUUCGCUCCUGUGGCCCGGGUGCGAGCGGGGACCGCAACUCUACUGCCCUCCCCUCGGUCCAGCAUAGCUGCCACGGCCCACUUUCCGCCAGGCGCAACCCCGACUUCCAGCUUCCCGUUACACUGCGAGGGUCUCCCCACGAGGCCGAAGCCGCACUGCUACACCGGCGCAGCUCCCUCCAUGGCACUGCCACUAACCUGCCCUGAUCCACUAUUGUAGUUCCUCCUUUUGUAGUGUGCUGUUUGUCAAGAGGGCGAAGCGCCUCGCAGGAAGGCCAGCCGCCCGUGUGUCUCCCUUAACGAACCCGUCACCUUCCUUAUCCUCGGUCGAUUAACAACUCUUGCAAUCGGAGUCGUACAGCAGCUUUCGCUCCAGUCCUCGUAGCGUCGUCUCACCGGUCGGGUUUGCCGCCAAGACUCUUGACUUCGCUCUCCCAGAACUGGGCAGGGCCGGGGGUGCCCUGUCCCUUCUUCAGAACGUCGAAAGAGUCGGGUGGUUUUC